GUCCACGAGAGAGGGAGAGAGAGAGAGAGAGAGAGAGAGAGGGAGAGAGAGAGAGAUGGCUAGAGAGAUAGCAGGAGUAAUAAAUAAUAUCACAGAAACAUCGCCGUUGGACUCUAACUAUCUUCGUCAUGUCAUGUUCUUGGCUCUGGUCGGGAUUUCAAUAGUCUCGGCUCUGAUAUUCUUUUGCGCCGACGGAAUCUCCAAAGACAAAGCCAAUAACGGAGACUCCAACACUUACGGUGGCGGUUGCGCCGCUGGAUGCGGCGGUGGCGGCGGAGGCGGCUGUGGAGCUUGAGCCGCUGAAUUCGCACGUGUUCCAAUUCUAUCGGAAGGAACACACACAAUCUGAUUCUUACAGAAUCCGACAGUUCCAACUCUUCUGGUGUUUUUGCGGCGACUGAAUAGCCAAUGAAAAGGUGCUACGUGUUGUUUCGGUAGAGAUAAUUCAUAUCUGUUGCUAUUAUCGAUGGAGAGAUCUGUGAGAUAUGUUCAUGAAAUUUAGUUUUGUCGCUCUGAAAACCGGACUUUAGUUUUUUCUUUUCAUUUAUUCCAAGUUUGUCAAAAUUUA